AUGGCGGCGCGGAUACGGGCCGCCCCGGGGCGGGGAGCAGGCCCGGGAGGGCCGCUGGGGCCGCCCCGCUUCGCGCAGCCGCCGCGGCGGCGAGGGGCGGAGCUGUCGGGCGAAGGUGAAGGGCGGCGGCGGCGGCGCUGCCGCCAGUGGCGUCCUGGCCCGGCCGGCGUGUGUGAGGAGCGGCGGUGUGUUUUGCGUUUGAAAGAGAAAACUCAUCUCUUCCUUGUAGGUGCUUCCCAGGCUUUCAAAGAGGAGAAGAAAUUAAGCGGAUCCCAGCAUGAAGGACCAGAUGGAGCUAAGGUCAACACAGACUCGGCUCCAGCCAAGCCACUGAGUCCCGUUGCAGAAACAUUCAGAAUUAUUCAGGGGUCAAUGAGCGAAGAGUAUGUGAGAACUACUCAGGGUGUCUUUCAGUUUGAAUUAUCUGGUGACGAAGGAGGCACUUGGUACAUUGACCUGAAAACCGAGGGUGGGAGCGCUGGUUUCGGGAAGCCUCCUGUGACGGCUGAUGUGGUUAUGAGCAUGUCGAGUGCCGACUUUGUGAAGAUGUUCACAGGUAAACUAAAGCCAACCCUGGCCUUCAUGUCAGGAAAAUUAAGGAUUAAAGGUUACAUGGCGCUAGCAAUAAAGCUCGAGAAGAUGCUGACACAGCUUAAUUCUAAACUGUGAGGGGAAAUCCUUUACUAGCAGAACAGUGGCCUUUCAUAUAUAACUGCAGUGCUGUUUUAAAAUACCAGUCCUCAUUUUUCUGUGAUAGAAU